AUGGCAUAUUUAAGAACUGCAGACACAAAGCAGUCCAGAACCAAUAUGAAGCCUUCAGAUGUUAAUCUGCACUAUGAGAAGGACACACAUGAAAAGGGGCAAGAAAAAUGGAUAGAUUGCUCAAUGGACAAUAUGGUGGAGAUGCGCUUACCAAGGUACUGCCCAGGGACCAAUUUCUCAGGUUCUGAUAGUCAGAAGCAGCAACACUCAGUGCCCGAAACAAUGGUGGAUGGUGCACAAUUUGGGCACAGAGCUGAUGAGAAGAGGAAUCCACACGCAGCCCCUGGCAGCCGGCCUGAGCGCGCACGGCGGCGGCGGCGGCAGCAGCAGCAGCAGCACCAACAGCGGCGGCGGCUGCCGCAGCAGCAACAGCAGCAGCAGCAGCAGCAGGAGGAGCAACGAUCGGAGGAGCGGGGAGGCUCGCAGGCAGCUUCGUCGAACCCUCUGUGCCCGGGCAGGGCAGGGCAUGGCAGCCCCCCUUCGCCGAUCCCCGCGCUAGUCCCGAAGCACAAGGAGGGAGGCCAACAGGCACGCCCCGGGCCGGGGGGGGGCGCGGGGGGGGGGGGAAAGCAAGGAGCCGCCGCGAUCGCCGAGGUGACUAUCUCGGUGGGGGCCACACUGAUCAUGCUCAGGAGUUUCUGUCUUCAGUUCAUGUCCUUGCUUUGGAUCCUUGCGGCCCAUCACCACUUUAUCCAAGGUGAUGACUGCAGUGACCAUUGUAAUUUGGCCCACGGCAGCUGUGAAAAGGAUGGCAAAUGCAGAUGUGAUCCCGGUUGGGAGGGAAAAUAUUGUGAACACUGUGUGAGAAUGCCUGGCUGUGGCCAUGGGACAUGCCACCAGCCCUGGCAAUGCAUUUGCCAAACUGGCUGGGCUGGCAAGUUCUGUGACAAAGAUGUUCAUGUCUGCGAGCAUCAGUUGCCAUGCAAAAACGGAGCUGAGUGUGUAUAUGAUCGUGAUGGAGAAUAUUCCUGUCUGUGCCUUGAAGGAUUCCAUGGAAAGGACUGUGAGCUGAAGACAGGGCCAUGUGAGAAAGCAGGAUUUCCAUGCAAAAAUGGUGCAUUGUGCCACGAUAAUAAUGGCUUUGCUUCCAAUUACACCUGCAAGUGCCUGGCUGGAUUCACUGGUGCACAUUGCGAGAUUGAUGUCGACGACUGCCUCAUGCGUCCCUGUGCCAACGGCGCCACUUGCCUUGAUGGCAUUAAUCGCUUCUCCUGUCAGUGCCAGGUUGGCUUUGAAGGACGUUUCUGCACCAUCAACAUUGAUGAUUGUACCAGCCAACCAUGCAGGAAUGGGGCUAAGUGUUAUGAUCGCAUCAACGAUUUUGAUUGCUUGUGUCCCGAGGGCUUUGCUGGGAAAACAUGUGAGCUUCUAGCUCCAGAGGCAACCUGGAUCACUGAGUCUCAGCCUGAUGCCAAGGACCACAAUAGGGCUCUGGGAAGCACAACCAGCAGUUACUCUUGGAUGACCCAGUCUGAGCCAGCCAAGGUUAUAGUUACUGGAAAGCGAAUCACUAACUACAGUGAGAAAUCAAAUGAUGGCGGGCUGUUAAUCUCUGUAAAAGAGGUGGUAACUCAGCAAGACUCGGGACUGAGUCAGUCACAGCUCAUUUUAGUGCUUGUAUUUGGGGGGAUCACUAUUGUGUUGAUCUUAGUGACUGUGUUGCUGCUGCUGAAGAAUUGGCAGAAGGGGCGCCAGAGAAGUCAGAGCCCCUCCCAAACUGCAAGGAAGCUUCAGGACCAAGAAUGUCAAGUGGGAAUGUUAAGUACAAUCUUGAUAGAACCCAGGAAAACCACGGAGCUGUAAGAAGCCAGAAUCAGGGCCUGGUUGAUCUAGAAACGCCCACUGGCGACUCAGAGAAUCCUUCCAGCUGUGUCUGGGGUCAGUUCUGGCUGCUUAUCUCCAAAGUGUUGAGGGCUCUGAUGGAACUGAAGGCUGUGAAUUGGCAUGAAGGAAAGUAUCCACAAGGCAGUAAUUCCUGCUUUGAGAAAAUAAUUCUUGAAUGUGUGCAGUAAAUCCAUUGGCAUGUUGACUUCAACUCAUCAAGGCAGCCAAGGAAACACUGGGCUAGGAUAACCUUCCUUUUGAAAAGAGCAAGUGGAUCAGAAGGUGGUUAUCCGACGUACAUUCUACAUUGCAUAAUGGUGUCAAAGGUGCCGGUAGAGUUUGUAGGAGCUGAAACUUUGUUAGGCCUUCAGGCAUCUGAUAACUCUUGGUUAGAGUCUUUGCAGAGUUCAUAUGGCCUAUUUACUUCUGAGAGUUUAGAAAUUGCUGUGGAUAUGCCCUGACUUUAGAAUUCUGGUCCAAACAAUAUUGAAUUUUUUUACCAUUUUCUACCAUUAUGUGUUUCCAAUGACAUUAUCUCCUCAUAAUGCCAUGAGACAGUUUGCUGACCAUUUUUAUUACUUCUCCCUUCUCUUCUAUCUCAUUUUCUUUUUUGUUUGUUUGUUUGUUUGUUUAGUUGCAAAUGAAAGAGAUUCUGUAUUAUACCAAAUCAUCUCAGGAGGUUUGUUAAUACUUUAAUUUUAUAUCAUGUUCGUUCACCAAUCCAGCAACACAUUUCCUCAGCUAUGGUGUCAAACGGGAGCAGAAACAAAGCAAUGUCCACUCUUUGCCUUGGAUAUCUCGUUUGAGCCUUCACACUUGUCAGGAAGAAGAUGGAAGUCUAUGAAAUUGGAAGUAGAGCUCUGUUCUAGUUCCCAUUGCAAGGAGCAAGUUCUUGAGAGAAAGAAUUUAGGAGUGACAUCAAAACAAUUAUAUUGUUGGAGGAUUCCACAUAGUGUGCAUGUAUGUGGGAGAGAGGAAAAGAGAUACAUGCUACAUUUGGAGAGAAGAGUGCCUCAAGAUCUAUGUUGGAUUCUAUUAAAAAAGGGGUGGUAGAACUGCUGACAUUUUGAAACAAAAGUUUUAGGGUUCCAGAUACCCACUUUUUAGAAUGGUUGUCUUUGUUCUGAGUUUUGCCUGUUUUCAGCAACAGGUGUUCCUCUCCCAUCUGCUGUUCCUUUUCUAAGGGAACAUUGGAAGUUGCCUUACAGCAAGUCACUUCACUGGUACAUUUAGCUCAGAAACUGCCAUAUUGAUUGGUGAUACUUCCCCAGGAAUUUAGGUAGGAGAGUAUCUAAUCCUUACCUGGCAAUGGCAGGAUUUAAAAAGUAUACAAUCAAUUACUUUACCCUCUCUAUAUGGUAGUGAAGGUAAUGAUGCAGUUAAACAGAAAAUAUUGCAUAAUGCUCUUUGGGUUGAGUGAUAAAAUCUGUUCCAUUCAGUAGUACUUUCUAUAUUCCAUCAAGAUAAGAUGCUGAGCUUGUAGAAUAUUCAUGUUGGCCUUGGCUGCCCAGGUCCCUCAUCUCACACCAGAAAUACGUCAACACUUUAGGAUUGUGGCUAAGUUCCUAGGUUGUGUACAUGGAAAUACCUAAGUUAAGCAAAAAACAAACAAACAAACCUGAAGGAAAUAUUAUUUUUGUAAUACACAAUUGAUAAAUAUGUAUUACUGCUCAACUCCCCUCAUCUCACACCAGAAAUAUGUCAACGCUUUAAGAUUGUGACUAAGUUCCUAGGUUGUGUACAUGAAAAUACCUAAGUUAAGCAAAAAAAAAAAAAAACUGAAGGAAAGAUUAUUUUUGUAAUACACAAUUGAUAAAUGUGUAACUUUAUAAAAUAAAUACAGUAAUUAAAAUACCAACAACCAGUGCCUUCCUGCCCUCUCCACAAAUUAUCAGAUUGCAUCAUCGCAGCUCUGUCACAUUUAACAAAACAUCUUUUUUUUUGCUGAGGAGUGCCUGGAAAGGAUGAAGUAAUAAUAAUGUUUCCCCAAGUAUUGAUGCUCUUAAUGUUACUUUUCAUCUUUUUAGGGAUAUUAAUUUUGAUGGAGGCAGUGAUCCAUAUGGCUAGUAAUCAGUGGCAUAUAGAACAAGAUGCAGGCAAACGACGUGUAGUGGCAUCACACAACUGCUGCUAUUAGAUACUUGUAUUUUAUGUUUGACAUAAAUAUAUAAAUGACAUGUGAUUACACGUAUUUGUCUCCCUUUGCAUAAUGUGUGUGUCAACAUAACUGCACAAGUGCUGUAAUUUAUGUACUUAGGACAGACACCAGCACAAAAGUACACAAAGGCAUUGUGUAAUGAUGCACAUGUCAUUUUGAUGUCAUUAUGGCUUACUGGUGAAAUCAACAGCAAUAUACAUGCCCACAUGUUUACCAAUUAAAAUGGAUAAAUAUAUUGGCAGAUAGGGUUGUUGUUGGAAACAUACAUAUGUAAAAAGGGCAAAGGAUAUCAGUCUGGGGGGGAAUGGGGAUGAUAUUCUGAAAUACAAUUUUAAAAAUACAAGUGAUGCAAUUUUUUUUAUUAGGAUCAACCAAAAUUCCCAAGAUAACAGCUUUUGGCUUGAUUUAUUCCAUGCAUAUAAUACAGAAUUCAUUUUUUUCAUAUCUGCAUUUUGUAUUGAAUUUCUGAAUCUAGCUACCAUGACUUACUUAUAAACCACAAUUUACACUGUACAGCUUUGAGCCUAUAUGAAAGCAUCAAUUACAUUGCUUGGAGUAAUGUAUGGAUCAAGCCCUUAAGUGAUCCAGAAGUUUAUAUUUUAUAGCUGGUACAAAAAUCAGGAAAAUGACCUGCAGUUGUCAAAAAAACCAACCCAGUCCUAGGCUGCAUUAACCGAGGGAUGGAAUCAACGUCACAUGAAGUGUUCAUGCCGCGGUAAGACCACAUUUGGAAAUUUUAUCCAGUUUUGGUCACCAUGUUAUUAAAAAGAUGUUGAGACUCUAGAAAAAGUGCAGAGAAGAACAACAAAGAUGAUUAGGGAACUGCAGGCUAAAACAUGAGGAACAGUUGCAGGAAUUGAGUAUUCUUAUAUUUAUUUUAUUUAUUGGUUUAAUGAAAAAAAGGACUAGAGGGUGACAUCAUAGCAGUAUUCCAAAAUCUAAGGGUAUGGCACAAAGAAGAGGGAAUCAACCUAUUUUCCAAGCACCAGAAGGCAGGACAAGAAGCAAUGGAUAGAAACUAAUCAAGGAGAGAUGCUACCUAGAACUUCCUGACAAAUUUCAUGACAGAACAAUUUAUCAUGGAACGACUUGCCUCCAGAAGUUGUGGGUGCUCCGACAUUGGAGGUUUUUAAGAAGAGAUUGGACAACCAUUUGCCUGAAAUGGUAUAGAAUUUUCUGCUUGAGAGCAGGAGGUUGGAUUAAAAGUCUUCCAAGGUCCCUUCCAACUCUGUUAUUCCGCUAUUCUGUUAAAUGAAGGGGAAAAUUGAAGAAGGACAGAAAUCAUGCCAGAAGUUAUUGCAUGUAAAAAACUUUUUUAUUCCAAGUCUCUAGACAGAAUCACAAACUAAAGUAAUUGAUGGCAGAAUCGGGUGCGAUUGAGCCCAAAGGCUAGUCAGGAUACUAUAAAUGUGCUUUUGAGAAACAAAAUCUAGGGAGGAACAUAUAAUUUUCUUCUAUACUUUUUAUACAAUAUAUUAAACUUUUAUAUGCAUAUGUUUUUAAAAAUUAUUGUAUGGUACUCUUAACUGUUUCAUGAGGAAGUGAGAUAAAAAUGGGUGGCUUCCAAGUUUAUGUUGUAAAAAUCAUGUUUGAAUAAAGGAUAGUGGGUACAAAGCUGUUUCCCACUUCGGGCAAAUCCAAUAUAACUACUCUGAACUUGCACAUAUUUUUAGAACCUCAUCUGGUUAUAAUUUAAAAGAAAAGGAUGG